UUGGGACUUUCUUUUUGUGUUUUUUUUUUUUUCAUUUUAUGCAGGAAAAAGAGGCCGCCAAUUACUUUAUCUUUGCUGUGCAAGUUCUUCCUCCUAAGCAUUGCUGGGAUUACUUUGAUCCAGAACUACGUAUUCACUGGUGUAAGCUACAGCUCUCCGACCCUUGCUUCUGCUCUCGGCAACUUAAUCCCAGCUUUCACUUUCUUGCUUGCUGUCAUCUUCAGGAUGGAAAAGCUAGAGUUGAAAGCUCAAAGAGUCAGAUCAAAAUCUUGGGCACCUUGGUUUCCGUUUCUGGAGCACUGUUUAUAACCUUUUACAAGGGUCCUCUGGUACUUUCCCCACCUGCUCAACCGUAUUCACAACCAUCUUCGUCUACCAUCUUAACAACUCCAAACAAUUGGAUCAUAGGUGGCCUCUUCAUUGCUACUGCCUGUUUGUCUCUUUUAACAAACAUCAUUGGUCAGGCCGUAAUUCUAAAGGGGUAUCCCUCAGCGAUAACGUUAGUUUCCUUCUAUUGCCUCUUUGGGACCAUUCAAUGCGGAUUGGUUGCUUUGAUAGCUGAAAGAAACCCAAAUGCUUGGAAAUUGAGUCCUGAUAUCGAACUCAUCUCUGUGGUCUACCCAGCUCUGUUUGGAAGUGUGGUAACAUUUAGCAUGAUAGCAUGGUGCAUACGAUGGAAAGGGCCAGUCUUUGUGGCCAUGUUCAAGCCCUUAAGUAUUGCUAUUGCUGCCUUCUUGGGGUUCAUUUUCCUUGGAGAAACUCUUUAUGUUGGAAGGAAUUUGAGUGCAUACUGAAGCUGCAAAUUGACAAAGAGGUAAAAAUUCUUUGAACUCGAGUCUGGAAGUGAAGCUUGGUAAGAGUGUUAAAACUGCUGAAAUGCAUCUAAGAAGAGAAGCUGCCGUACUUUUCCUUCAUCCAUACUCUAGUUAUUGAUGUUUUUUGACUCCAAAGGAUGCUUUAUUGCUGCUAUUACUCAACUUCUACCAAAAGCCGCCCUUGAGAAAGUAUAUAUUGAUUUAAUACUCCAUUGGAGCAGCCAUAAUUGUUACGGGCUUUUACGGGGUGAUAUGGGCAUGGUCCAAAGAAGACAAGGAUGAAUCCGCCAACACAUCAACCACCCUUCUCUUACAUGGACAUUUAGAUGCACAAAUGAUU